CGGAGCGGCCCUGGCGGCCGGGCCGGCAUCACCGCGGCGUCCCUCCGCUAGAGGACGAGACCAGCCAAUUCUCCUUUGCAGCAAAAAAUUACCUGUAUAUAUUAUUAAGAUAAUAUAUACAUCUGAUCUUAUUUUUAAAAAAAGUUUAUUUUGCUCCAUUUUUGAAAAAGGGAGCUUGGGUGGAGAGCGGUUUUUAUAAAUUAUUCGUAUUUUCUGUUAUCUGUCCUCGUCCCUCCCCACCCCCUGCUAAAGCGAGAAUAAGGGCAGGGACCGCAGCUCCUACCUACCCGUAACCCCCUUACCCGUUCCUCCCCCGCCCCAACGCCCAGCACAGUGCCCUGCACACAGUAGGCGCUCAAUAAAUGUUCGUGGAUGAUGAUGAUGAUGAUGAUGAAAAAAAUGCAGCAUCAACGGCAGCAGCAAGCGGACCACGCGAACGAGGCAAACUAUGCAAGAGGCAGCAGACUUCCUCUUUCUGGUGAAGGACCAACUUCUCAGCCGAACAGCUCCAAGCAGACUGUCCUGUCUUGGCAAGCUGCAAUCGAUGCUGCUAGACAGGCCAAGGCUGCCCAAACUAUGAGCACCUCCGCACCCCCACCUGUAGGAUCUCUCUCCCAAAGAAAACGUCAGCAAUACGCCAAGAGCAAAAAACAGGGUAACUCGUCCAACAGCCGACCUGCCCGCGCCCUUUUCUGUUUAUCACUCAAUAACCCCAUCCGAAGAGCCUGCAUUAGUAUAGUGGAAUGGAAACCAUUUGACAUAUUUAUAUUAUUGGCUAUUUUUGCCAAUUGUGUGGCCUUAGCUAUUUACAUCCCAUUCCCUGAAGAUGAUUCUAAUUCAACAAAUCAUAACUUGGAAAAAGUAGAAUAUGCCUUCCUGAUUAUUUUUACAGUCGAGACAUUUUUGAAGAUAAUAGCAUAUGGAUUAUUGCUACAUCCUAAUGCUUACGUUAGGAAUGGAUGGAAUUUACUGGAUUUUGUUAUAGUAAUAGUAGGAUUGUUUAGUGUAAUUUUGGAACAAUUAACCAAAGAAACAGAAGGCGGUAACCACUCUGGUGGCAAAUCAGGAGGCUUUGAUGUCAAAGCUCUCCGUGCCUUUCGAGUGUUACGACCACUUCGACUAGUGUCAGGAGUGCCCAGUUUACAAGUUGUCCUGAACUCCAUUAUAAAAGCCAUGGUUCCCCUCCUUCACAUAGCCCUUUUGGUAUUAUUUGUAAUCAUUAUCUAUGCUAUUAUAGGAUUGGAACUUUUUAUUGGAAAAAUGCACAAAACAUGUUUUUUUGCCAAUUCAGAUCUUGUAGCUGAGGAGGACCCAGCGCCAUGUGCGUUCUCAGGGAAUGGACGCCAGUGUGCCGCCAAUGGCACAGAGUGUAGGAGCGGCUGGGUUGGCCCAAACGGAGGCAUCACCAACUUUGAUAACUUUGCCUUUGCCAUGCUCACCGUAUUUCAGUGCAUCACCAUGGAGGGCUGGACAGACGUGCUCUACUGGAUGAAUGAUGCUAUGGGAUUUGAAUUGCCCUGGGUGUAUUUUGUCAGUCUCGUCAUCUUUGGGUCAUUUUUCGUACUAAAUCUUGUACUUGGUGUAUUGAGCGGAGAAUUCUCCAAAGAGAGAGAGAAAGCUAAAGCACGGGGAGAUUUCCAGAAACUCCGGGAGAAGCAGCAGCUAGAAGAGGACCUAAAGGGCUACUUGGACUGGAUUACUCAAGCAGAAGACAUUGAUCCUGAGAAUGAGGAGGAAGGCGGCGAGGAAAGCAAACGAAAUACCAGCAUGCCCACCAGUGAGACCGAGUCCGUCAACACCGAGAACGUAAGUGGUGAAGGCGAGAGCCAAGGCUGCUGUGGAAAUCUCUGUCAAGCCAUCUCAAAAUCCAAACUCAGCCGACGCUGGCGUCGCUGGAACCGCUUUAAUCGCAGACGGUGCAGGGCUGCUGUGAAGUCUGUCACGUUUUACUGGCUUGUUAUUGUCCUGGUGUUUCUCAACACCUUAACCAUCUCCUCUGAGCACUAUAACCAGCCUGACUGGUUGACACAGAUUCAAGAUAUCGCUAACAAAGUCCUCUUGGCUUUGUUCACCUGCGAGAUGCUGGUGAAAAUGUACAGCUUGGGCCUUCAGGCAUAUUUCGUUUCUCUCUUUAACCGGUUCGAUUGCUUCGUGGUAUGUGGUGGAAUUACCGAAACCAUCUUGGUGGAACUGGAAAUCAUGUCCCCCCUGGGGAUCUCUGUAUUCCGGUGUGUGCGCCUCUUAAGAAUUUUCAAAGUGACCAGGCACUGGACUUCCUUGAGCAACUUGGUGGCAUCCUUGUUGAAUUCCAUGAAGUCCAUCGCUUCUCUGUUGCUUCUGCUUUUUCUCUUCAUCAUCAUCUUUUCCUUGCUUGGGAUGCAGCUGUUUGGUGGCAAGUUUAAUUUUGACGAAACACAAACCAAACGGAGCACCUUUGACAAUUUUCCCCAGGCGCUCCUCACAGUAUUUCAGAUCCUGACAGGUGAAGACUGGAACGCCGUGAUGUACGAUGGCAUUAUGGCUUAUGGGGGGCCGUCGUCUUCGGGAAUGAUCGUCUGCAUCUACUUCAUCAUCCUCUUCAUUUGUGGUAACUAUAUUCUACUGAAUGUCUUCUUGGCCAUCGCUGUGGACAACUUGGCUGAUGCUGAGAGUUUGAAUACUGCUCAGAAAGAGGAAGCUGAAGAAAAGGAAAGGAAAAAGAUUGCCAGAAAAGAGAGCCUGGAAAAUAAAAAGAAUAACAAACCGGAAGUUAACCAGAUAGCCAACAGUGAUAACAAGGUUACAAUUGACGACUACCGAGAAGAGGAUGAAGACAAGGACCCCUACCCGCCAUGUGAUGUGCCAGUAGGUGAAGAGGAAGAGGAGGAGGAGGAGGAUGAACCCGAGGUUCCUGCUGGUCCCCGUCCUCGAAGAAUCUCUGAGUUGAACAUGAAGGAGAAAAUCGCCCCCAUCCCUGAAGGGAGUGCUUUCUUCAUUCUUAGCAAGACCAAUCCGAUCCGCGUGGGCUGCCACAAACUCAUCAACCACCACAUCUUCACCAACCUCAUCCUCGUCUUCAUCAUGCUGAGCAGCGCUGCCCUGGCCGCCGAGGACCCCAUCCGCAGCCACUCCUUCCGGAACACGAUACUGGGGUACUUUGACUAUGCUUUCACAGCCAUCUUUACUGUUGAAAUCCUGUUAAAGAUGACCACGUUCGGAGCCUUCCUCCACAAAGGGGCUUUCUGCAGGAACUACUUCAAUUUGCUGGACAUGCUGGUUGUUGGGGUGUCUCUUGUGUCAUUUGGGAUCCAAUCCAGUGCCAUCUCUGUGGUGAAGAUUCUGAGGGUCCUCAGGGUCCUGAGGCCGCUCAGGGCAAUCAACAGAGCCAAAGGACUUAAGCACGUCGUCCAGUGUGUCUUUGUGGCCAUCCGGACAAUCGGCAACAUCAUGAUUGUCACCACCCUCCUCCAGUUCAUGUUUGCCUGUAUUGGGGUCCAGCUGUUCAAGGGAAAGUUCUAUCGCUGCACAGAUGAAGCCAAAAGUAACCCUGAGGAAUGCAGGGGGCUUUUUAUCCUCUACAAGGAUGGGGAUGUUGAGAACCCUGUGGUCCGGGAGAGGAUCUGGCAGAACAGUGAUUUCAACUUUGACAAUGUUCUUUCGGCUAUGAUGGCCCUUUUUACAGUCUCCACAUUUGAGGGCUGGCCUGAGUUGCUGUAUAAAGCCAUCGACUCGAAUGGGGAGAAUGUUGGCCCUAUCUACAACUACCGCGUGGAGAUCUCCAUCUUCUUCAUCAUCUACAUCAUCAUCGUCGCGUUCUUCAUGAUGAACAUCUUUGUGGGCUUCGUCAUCGUCACAUUUCAGGAGCAGGGAGAGAAAGAGUAUAAGAACUGUGAGCUGGACAAAAAUCAGCGUCAGUGUGUUGAAUACGCCUUGAAAGCACGUCCCUUGCGGAGAUACAUCCCCAAAAACCCCUACCAGUACAAGUUCUGGUACGUGGUGAACUCCUCGCCUUUCGAAUACAUGAUGUUUGUCCUCAUCAUGCUCAACACACUCUGCUUGGCCAUGCAGCACUAUGAGCAGUCCAAGAUGUUUAACGAUGCCAUGGACAUUCUGAACAUGGUCUUCACUGGGGUGUUCACCGUUGAGAUGGUCUUGAAGGUCAUUGCAUUUAAACCUAAGGGGUAUUUUAGUGACGCCUGGAACACGUUUGACUCCCUCAUCGUAGUCGGCAGCAUUAUAGACGUGGCCCUCAGCGAAGCGGAUCCAACUGAAAGUGAGAAUGUCCCUGUCCCAACUGCUACACCUGGGAACUCUGAAGAAAGCAAUAGAAUCUCCAUCACCUUUUUCCGUCUUUUCCGAGUGAUGCGAUUGGUGAAGCUUCUCAGCAGGGGGGAAGGCAUCCGGACACUGCUGUGGACUUUCAUUAAGUCCUUUCAGGCGCUCCCGUACGUUGCCCUUCUCAUAGCCAUGCUGUUCUUCAUCUACGCAGUCAUUGGCAUGCAGAUGUUUGGAAAAGUUGCCAUGAGAGAUAACAACCAGAUCAACAGAAACAACAAUUUCCAGACAUUCCCCCAGGCGGUGCUGCUGCUCUUCAGGUGUGCAACUGGUGAGGCCUGGCAGGAAAUCAUGCUGGCCUGCCUCCCCGGGAAGCUGUGUGACCCUGAGUCGGAUUACAGCCCCGGGGAGGAGUACACAUGUGGAAGCAACUUCGCCAUCGUCUACUUCAUCAGUUUUUACAUGCUCUGUGCGUUUCUGAUCAUCAACCUGUUUGUGGCUGUCAUCAUGGACAAUUUUGACUAUUUGACCCGGGACUGGUCUAUUCUGGGGCCUCAUCAUUUAGAUGAAUUCAAAAGAAUCUGGUCAGAAUAUGACCCCGAAGCAAAGGGAAGGAUCAAACAUCUCGAUGUGGUCACUCUGCUGCGCCGCAUUCAGCCUCCCCUGGGGUUCGGGAAGUUAUGCCCCCACAGGGUCGCCUGCAAGAGACUCGUGGCCAUGAACAUGCCUCUCAACAGUGAUGGCACAGUCAUGUUUAACGCAACCCUCUUUGCUUUGGUUCGGACAGCUCUCAAAAUCAAGACUGAAGGGAACCUGGAACAAGCAAAUGAAGAACUGCGAGCUGUGAUAAAGAAAAUCUGGAAGAAAACCAGCAUGAAACUACUUGACCAAGUUGUCCCUCCAGCUGGUGAUGAUGAGGUAACCGUGGGGAAGUUCUAUGCCACUUUCCUGAUACAGGACUACUUUAGGAAAUUCAAGAAACGAAAAGAACAAGGACUGGUGGGAAAGCACCCUCCGAAGAACACCACGAUCGCGCUACAGGCGGGGUUAAGGACACUGCACGACAUUGGGCCAGAAAUCCGGCGGGCUAUAUCAUGUGAUUUGCAAGAUGACGAGACUGAGGACACAAAACGCGAAGAAGAAGAAGAUGUGUUCAAAAGAAAUGGUGCCCUGCUUGGAAACCAUGUCAAUCAUGUUAAUAGUGAUAGGAGAGAUUCCCUUCAGCAGACCAAUACCACCCACCGUCCCCUGCAUGUCCAAAGGCCUUCAAUACCACCUGCAAGUGAUAUUGAGAAACCGCUGUUUCCUCCAGCAGGAAAUUCGGUGUGUCAUAACCAUCAUAACCAUAAUUCCAUAGGAAAGCAAGUUCCCAGCUCAACAAAUGCCAAUCUCAAUAAUGCCAAUAUGUCCAAAGCUGCCCCUGGAAAGCGGCCCAGCAUUGGGAAUCUUGAGCAUGUGUCUGAAAAUGGGCAUCAUUCCUCCCACAAGCAUGACCGUGAACCUCAAAGAAGGUCCAGUAUUAAAAGAACGCGCUAUUAUGAAACUUACAUUAGAUCCGACUCAGGAGAUGAGCAGUUCCCAACUAUUUGCCGGGAAGACCCGGAGAUACACGGCUACUUCAGGGACCCCCGCUGCUUGGGGGAGCAGGAGUAUUUCAGCAGUGAGGAGGGCUACGAGGACGACAGCUCGCCUACUGGGAGCAGACGAAACUAUGGCUACUACAACCGAUACCCAGGCAGCACCUUGGACUUUGAGCGGCCCCGGGGCUACCACCACCCCCAAGGCUUCCUAGAGGACGACGACGCGCCUGUUUGCUAUGAUUCCCGGAGAUCCCCAAGGAGACGCCUUCUACCUCCCACCCCAACAUCCCACCGGACAUCCUCCUUCAACUUCGAGUGCCUGCGCCGGCAGAGCAGCCAGGAGGACGUCCCCCCCUCCCCAGCCUUCCCCCACCGCACAGCCCUGCCUCUGCACCUGAUGCAGCAACAGAUCAUGGCAGUUGCAGGCCUGGAUUCAAGUAAAGCCCAGAAGUACUCGCCCAGCCACUCCACUCGCUCUUGGGCCACCCCUCCGGCGACCCCUCCGUAUCGGGACUGGACGCCGUGCUACACACCCCUGAUCCAGGUCGAGCGGUCCGAGGCCCUGGACCAGGUCAACGGUAGCCUGCCAUCCCUGCACCGCAGCUCGUGGUACACGGAUGAGCCUGGCAUCUCCUAUCGGACUUUCACACCAGCCAGCCUGACUGUCCCCAGCAGCUUCCGAAAUAAAAACAGCGACAAGCAGAGGAGCGCAGACAGCUUGGUGGAGGCCGUCCUGAUAUCUGAAGGCUUGGGCCGGUACGCAAGGGACCCAAAAUUUGUGUCUGCGACAAAAUAUGAAAUCGCCGAUGCCUGUGACCUCACCAUCGACGAGAUGGAGAGCGCAGCCAGCAACCUGCUGAAUGGGAACAUGCGUGGCCGGGCCAACGGGGACCUGGGCCCCCUCUCACACCGGCAGGACUAUGAGCUGCAGGACUUCGGGCCUGGCUACAGCGAUGAAGAGCCAGACCCUGGGAGAGAGGAGGAGGACCUGGCGGAUGAGAUGAUAUGCAUCACCACCCUGUAGCCCAGGGCGGGCACAAGGCCAGGGAAAAAGUGCCUCGUAGUUAGGAAAGCUUAGGCACUACUAGUAUGGAGUCCACAUUCAAUUAGACUUUCGUACAGGUGAUGUCACGCCUCCAGGAAGCCAUAAACCUGGUAGGGAGCAGCCGUGCACCUCGUGCUCGGCCCCAGCUGUGGGAAACAGUAGCCCAACCCUCCUGGAGAGGAGCAGCAAGGAAGUGUGGCAAGCCCUGCCUGCUUGCCCAGCCUGCACCGGGGCACUCCCCCAUGCCCACCUGCCGGCAGGCACAAUGGGAAAGGUUAAAGGUGAUGACGACGAUCACCAUACCUGUGUCAUUACCUCAGCCAUCAGUCUAGCAUAUCAGACAUUCACUGGGCCCAGCAUAUCCAUUUUUAACCCCUUCCUCAAUACACUGCUUCCUGGUUCCUGUUUAGCUGUUCUGAAGUACAGUGUGUAAGUCAGAACCUACCUACCAGCUGUCAUCCUGAGGGGAGCAGGUUUUCUGUCCUGUGACUCCAGUUUACACCAGAGAGCAUCACUCAGAUGGUCGGUUUCUGACUGUCAGGCUAAGGGCAACUAAGGGUAAACUGGAAUAAUAAUGCACUCGCAACCAGGUAAACUUAGAUACGCUAGUUUGUUUAAAAAUUAUAGAUUUACUGUACAUGACUUGUAAUAUACUAUAAUUUGUAUUUGUAAAGAGAUGGUCUAUAUUUUGUAAUUAUUGUACCGUAUUUGAAAUGCAGCAAUAUCCAUGGGUCCUAAUAAUUGUAGUUCCCCACUGAAAUCUAGAAAUUAGCAUUUUUACUCAGACUACACAGAAGUAGAAAUAGAGCCAAUUCUCAUUUAUUCAGUGAAAAUCUUUUGGCGGCAAAAUUUUGAGUUCAAAAGAACUUGACACUAUGGAGAUUUUUCUAAAACAAUGGAGUCACCUUACUUAAGACAUGCCAGCUGACUCUUCAGUCCUGCCUUCGGGCAGAGUUCUAGUAGUGUGCCCUUUGGUCCACCAUGGGUUGCAGCUGUCCAUCUGGCUUGCUUCACCUUACUCACCCUCCGCUAAGUUGAGGACAGAGCAGGCCAAGCUGGCGACUCUGAUCCUGGGGAUUCACAGCUGCCUCCACCCCGCCUCCCCCCAGGACAGCUUUGGUUCCUGGUACAGAAACAAUGGCACAAGUGAAUGAAGUGCCCUGCUCUUGUCCCUGGGGGACUGGGAUGCUGCUUGUCUUAAGAAUAAGGAGUGAUGGGGAGGAGGGGCAGAGGAAGCACAUUGAUAAUCCGUAGCAUAGAGUGUUAGGGUCUGUAUAAAAUGUAUUGCUGCCUUUUUACAAAACAUUGCCGUACUGUGUGUUCUCUUUGAGGGCUUUUAUAUGCAAUUGAAUGAGGGCUGAAGUUUUCACUGGAAUGCACUCACACUCCGAUUGUACUUCCUGAUGAAAACCCACUUUUGGAUCAUUAGAACCAUCAAGGCUUCUUUUUUGUUCACAGAACUAUGCCGACAUUGUCAAGUUACCUUGGCAGGGUUUCCCUGCAGUCAACAAACAGGUAGCAAAUUUUGGUUCAAAAAUUUUAAAUACAUAGACAAACUGUUAAUGUCUUUGUUUUUUUGUAAAUAACAACUUUGUUAUGAAGACCUUACAAACCUCUUCUUAAGACAUUCUUAUUCCAGAUCCAGGCAAAAACACAUCAAGGUUUGUAAAUGACUAUUUCCUGACAAAUUCUUUUUUAUUAAAAUGCAAAAUGAUCUUCAGAACAAACUGUGUAAUAAUUUCAUUGUACCUGGGAGCUUCUCCUUGUAAAGGGUGCCUGCAACAUCUGCAGAAGAGGCCAGGAGGACAGUCCUGUCAUGAGAGGGGAGUUGCCACCCUCAUGGCUCCUUCGAUGCCCCAGGUAACUCAGUGCCAGCUUCUCCUUCAGGGCCAGCAUCAUCACCUCCAUCACUGCCGACUCCAUUCUCCGGUGGGUACUGGUUUUACUGAGUGACUUAUUAUCAGUAGAAAACUGUCCUGCCCAGAUGUAGCUUUCUCUGGUGUAAGUAAUGAUCUUUUCAGCCAGUAUCUACAAACCAGCUUUUGUAUGGGCUGCAUCACUUCCCUUUGCUGUGUGCUUUAAGCCUGGUUCAACCUCUGGUCUAACGAUUUUUUUUUCUUGGUUAAGAAAAAGUUCAAGUUGUGGAACAUAGUUUUCUUCUUUGUUUAAAGAUUUAAACUUCUCUCAUUUUUGGUUCCUUUCCUCACCCCUAAAUAGAUGUAAUUUUGUUGUGUCCCUAGAAAUGGUCCAUCUAGUUUUCCUUAGCAUUGUUUUCAUGUCACAAGAUAAAAACGGCAGCUACAGUUUAACUGAAUCUGCAGUUUUCACCUAGACUGCGG